AUGCUGGUUGGCAUCUGCGGCUCCAUCUGCUCGGGCAAACACACCACGGCCGAAUACCUGGUCCAGCGCCACGGCUUUCUUCGCCUGCAUCUCCCCACACCGCAGCAAUUCCAACCGUCACCGUCACCGUCACCGUCACCGUCGCACGAUCUCUCUCCGGACUACCUCCGCCUCCUGCCCAGCGUCACCGACCAGAUCGGCACGCGGGGGCUCUCUUUUCCCGACGUCGAGUCUCUUUUGGAUUUUGUCACCAGGCGAUGGCGCGAGCAUUGGGUCCUGACCGACAUCUACGACGAAGCGACGCUGGAGAUCCUGCUGAGGAGACCGUUCUUCCUGUUGCUGAACGUGGAUGCGCCCCUGGGGACGCGGUUUGAGCGGUUCCAGGAGCGGUAG